GAUGAAAACCUUCAGCUGGAAAUGAAUUCCUCAUUGAAGUUGAAUUCACGAAUUUUCGAGUGCGAAGAGAGAUGAUUGUUUAGAUCAAUUGCAAGGAGAGAGAUACUUGUUGAUCAAUUGGAAGGGGAGAGGAGUUUGUCGAUCAAUUGAUGGGGACGCGGGAAGUGUACGAAGAGAAGCUGCGACGAGGUAAUCUCAUACACGAUCCCACCAUCAAACCAGGCCUCGGCACCGCCCGUUGCCCGCGCUGCCUCUCUCUCUUAAAUCCUGCUAAGGAGAAAUCGGAAUGGGAAAUCGCACCGGUUCUGCACGACGCCACUAACGUGGCUGGCUAUGGGAUUGGUGGUUUGCUCAGUGCAAUUCAUGGUUUUAACACAGGAAUUCCUUAUUUCCAAAACCGUGUGAAGGGGCCUAAGUGGCUUCCCUUUGUUAUUGGGGUUCCACCUCUUUUGAUGUACUCUGCAGCUAGUGCUGCGUUUGGAGGCUAUGCACUACCGAAGCUCAGUCAACUCAUUGUGACAUCUUAUUUGGCUUCUUCAAGUGUUUCCCAUUAUGGCAUUUCAUUGCUUACAAGACAUAUUGAAGACAAUCACAUCUCUAGAGUUCAACAGAAGCAGCUUCCGUGAUUGGCUGGAGGGGUUUAGAAUCUUAGCUACUCUACUUGGUUCUGUUUUGUAUUUUGUGUAUCAUGUAAAUUAAUAAACAUAACAAUUUCUGUCUGUUUAACUGGCUUGCACACUCAGCUGUUUGAUCUGCCAUUUGAGGCCAUAUGAUGACCAUAUCAGAUUUAAGAAAUGUUAACAAAUUAAAUACUGCUUCGCAUU